AUGGCACCAUACCAUUCCAGAUUUAAUGGGCAGGUAGAAUGCUUUGUUGAUACCUUCAAAAGAGCCCUUAGUAAGUUGAAUAAGGAAGUCACAGAUGAGGUAGCUCUACAACAAUUCUUAAGAGUGUACCGUGUGACACCAAAUCUGAAUACAGCAUCAGGUCAAUCACCUGUGGAGCUGAUACUUGUGAAGAAAGUAAAAUCAGUCUUUGAUAAAUUGCUAUCAGGCAAGAAGAGAAAAAGUGUCAGGGAAGACAUAGCAAAAUUCUUUAAAGUUGGUGAAAAGGUGUAUAUGAGGGCAUACAAGAAUGGAAAGCAGAGCUGGGGAGUUGGUGUAAUUACCAAAUGCAUAGGUAAAAUGAUGUAUUAG